AAGACUGGAAGUGCUGAAUGUCACGUCAUAGUGUCUACAGGCUAACAUGAUGAGAGCAACUAUAACAAGUGCCAACAUUUUAAACAACAAUGACAUGUAUUUCCACUACACGGCGACAGAAGAUGACAUAAAGACGUAAUGAAAAGACGUGUCACCAUGAGAACCAUGGAGCUGGCUAUGAGACUUUUUGUCUUCCUGCUUGGAGCUGGGGUCAUCAUGAUCAAUGUUUUCUACAGUUAUCUUAGCCACAAGAUUCAGCAAAGAGAAGGCCCGAGUCUGCAAGAAUAUUACCGUUCACUCAAUUAUACGGAUGAAGUGUUUCUAAAAAGAAUAGGGAUAAGACCACCUGGACCAAAAUUCUCUCACCCUAUUAAGUAUCCAGAAGGUGACACCUGUGUACCAGGAUAUGCCAGGAGUAAGGUUACAGAGAUGAAUCCAAAGUUUAACACCAACUUACCACUGUUUGUUAAGAAAGGCUUCAGAGAGUGGAAGGGAAUGAUGGAUGAUGGACAUGACAAACUUCCUUUUUAUUUAUCAGACCAGGACUGUAAGAAGAUAGACCAGCUUCUAGAUUUGCUGCCUAAUUCUGAACCCGCACUCUUAACAGGAGGAGGCAAGUGUCGCAGAUGUAUUGUUGUUGGCAGCUCUGGACUUGUCAGCGGUGAGAAUCUUGGGUCAACGAUAGACAAGUAUGACAUCGUCAUGAGAAUGAACGAGGCUCCUGUCCAUGGGUACGAGAAGGAUAUUGGGUCCAAAACGACCUUUCGUUUCCUGUACCCUGAGAGUGCCACAUCUAAAGAAGUUGACCCUGAUGCAGAUUAUAUCAUUGUGCCAUACAAGACUGACGACUUGGCCUGGCUGUUGGCAGUUGUUCAAAAGGAAAAGCCUGAAGGAUCAUUCUGGAAGGAGAUCGGGGAGACUUUAAAUGUUGAUUCCAGCCACAUCCACAUCUUGAACCCCCAGAUUGCCCGCAGUACGUCAUAUGAACAUGUUGGAAUGAUCAACAUCCCAACAAUUGGUACCAUCUCCAUCAUCACAGCUUUCCACUUCUGUGACAUGGUGGACAUCGUCGGGUUUGGCUUCCGACAUGACAAGCUGUACCACUACUACGAGAAUAAGACAAUUGAAGGGGAAUUUGAGGGAUUAUUUUCCUACUUUACCCUGAUCCAUGACUUUGCAAAAGAGAAAGAGUACAUCAAGGACUUGGUUAGGAAUGCAGUCGUCAAUGACUUAACGCAUGGAUAUGAGGACUAGCUGAUUUGUGAUAAGUCUCAUCAAACUUGCUAUUAAAAGUCUUUGUAACAAACAAGUCUGACAAAACAAAUUGCAGCAAUAAAUACAGUACUGAACAUACCGCUAGCCUGGAUGUCCGCCUUAUCAGCUUUAGCAUGUUCUCUCUGUCUCCCAGGAGCAACAGAGAGAAUAAGCUAAAGCUAAAAAGGCUGGCACCUAGGCUAGCAUACCUGACAGAUUCACCACUGCAAACUCAGAGAAACAGGAGGAACCUUUCUUCUUUGAUGACAGAAUAACCAGAAAAGUACUUGAAAUUAUGGUUAAGUUGAAAGCUGAAGUUUUCUUUCAUUCUGAAUAACUGGUUAAUUACCUAAAGGCAUAGCAUACCUUUUGUAUCAUAGGUACGAGCUGUAUAAGACUGAUAGAUUUGAUCCACUCGUACACCCCUACUCUUUUCAAUAAGUAUGGUCCUUUUAGCGUGCUCAAGAAUUCCUUAUAUGACAUUGAUUUUAAAAAGAAUCACAGGACUAAUAACCUUGCCCACCUACAUUGUACGUGAAAUCAUAGAAAUGCAAAAUGAAAAUGAAAAUGUUUCAUGGACAUGUAAACCACUCUCCUUUGUUGAACUGCCAUUCUCUCAUUGGUUGAACUGCAAAUUAUGAUGGACAUUUGAAAAUGGUUUAUGGACACUCGAGGAUGUCAGCACUACUAUUGAUGCAGUGUUCACUAGUGCAGCAAUCUUUCGUCUGUGUCAAAUAUUAAAGAGGGUGUAUUUGUGCCAACACAGUUAGCAGGUCAUUCUGAAACACAAGGUAUCACAGAUACACUAAUUUGUACAUAUAUCUGGUAAUGUUGGCAAGGAAAUUAAGGAGUGCCAUUCAAAUAUGGUGGAACAAUUAUCACAGAUUCGUAAUGUUGAGAGAAAAAUUAAGUGGUGAAAUUCUAAUAUGGUGCAAUAGCUACCACUGUUAAGUGCCAUAUGUUACUGUAUAUUUUGUUUAAUCUGGCAUCUGUUGCAGGAUGCAGUUGAGCAUAUGCUCCAAUGAAUAUGAUAAUUCUAGAUUUUAGUUUUUUACCCGUUUUAGUAGUGCGAGCUUACUAUGGCCAAGGCAUUUUAUUGUGCAUGUGGCCAACUGAUUUUUAUGGAUGGAAUCCAAAAUUUGAUGAACUCUGUAAUGAAGAUAAGAAUAAAUUGAAAUUGAAAUCAUUUUAUUUGUUGAAUUCUAA